AUGGUCAGUGAGUGUGAGAGAUUAGGUCUCAUUGCUAGCGGUUUCACGGAAACCCAUUAUCUGCAAGAUGGCACUGAUGUCUCCCUUGUUCGAAAUUACACGGGUCACUGUUACUACCACGGACAUGUGAAAGGAUACUCUGGUUCGAUGGUCAGUCUCAGCACUUGUUCUGGUCUCAGGGGACUUAUUACGUUUGAAAAUAAAACCUACAUCUUAGAACCAAUGAAAAAUGCAACCAAUAGAUACCAGCUCAUCCCAGUGGAGACCCUGACGGGCGUCUGGGGAUCAUGUGGAUCAUCACACCACAACACGUCGGGCCCCGCUACAGAUAUCAGGCUCCCACCACCCUCCCAGAGGCAGACAAGAAGGCAUAAAAGAGAGACCCUCAAGAUGACCAAGUACGUAGAGCUGGUUAUUGUUGCAGACAACCGAGAGUUUCAGAGGCAAGGAAAAGAUCUGGAGAAAGUUAAGCAGCGAUUAAUAGAGAUUGCUAAUCACGUUGACAAGUUUUACAGACCACUAAACAUUCGCAUAGUCUUGGUCGGCGUGGAGGUAUGGAAUGACAUCGACAAAUGCUCUAUAAGUCAGGACCCAUUCACAAGCCUCCAUGAAUUUCUGGACUGGAGAAAGAUGAAGCUUCUACCUCGCAAAUAUCAUGACAAUGCACAGCUUAUCAGUGGGGUUUAUUUCCAAGGGACCACCAUCGGCAUGGCACCAAUCAUGAGCAUGUGCACGGCGGAGCAGUCCGGAGGCAUCGUCAUGGACCAUUCAGACAGCCCCCUUGGUGCGGCUGUGACCCUGGCACAUGAGCUGGGCCACAAUUUCGGAAUGAACCAUGACACCCUGGAGAGAGGCUGUAGCUGCAAGAUGGCUGCCGAUAAAGGAGGCUGCAUCAUGAACCCUUCAACUGGGUACCCGUUCCCCAUGGUGUUCAGCAGCUGCAGCAGGAAGGACCUGGAGGCCAGCCUGGAGAAAGGCAUGGGGAUGUGCCUCUUUAACUUGCCAGAAGUCAAGCAGUCCUUCGGGGGCCAAAAGUGUGGGAAUGGAUACGUUGAGGAAGCAGAGGAGUGUGACUGCGGGGAGCCGGAGGAAUGUACGAAUCUCUGCUGCAAUGCCACCACCUGUACCCUGAAGCCAGACGCUGUGUGCGCACACGGGCUGUGCUGUAAAGACUGCCAGCUGAAGCCUGCAGGAACAGCGUGCAGGGACUCCAGCAACUCCUGCGACCUCCCGGAGUUCUGCACGGGGGCCAGCCCCCACUGCCCGGCCAACGUGUACCUGCAUGACGGGCACCCGUGUCAGGGGGUGGACGGCUACUGCUACAACGGCAUCUGUCAGACCCACGAGCAGCAGUGCGUCACGCUCUGGGGACCAGGUGCUAAACCUGCCCCUGGGAUCUGCUUUGAGAGAGUCAACUCUGCAGGUGACCCUUAUGGCAACUGUGGCAAAGACUCCAAGAGUUCCUUUGCCAAAUGCGAGAUGAGAGAUGCCAAAUGUGGAAAAAUCCAGUGUCAAGGAGGUGCCAGCCGGCCAGUCAUCGGUACCAAUGCAGUUUCCAUAGAAACAAAUAUCCCACUGCAGGAAGGAGGCCGGAUUCUGUGCCGUGGGACCCACGUGUACUUGGGCGAUGACAUGCCGGACCCAGGGCUUGUGCUUGCUGGCACAAAAUGUGCAGAUGGAAAAAUCUGCCUCAAUCGUCGAUGUCAGAACGUCAGCAUCUUCGGAGUUCAUGAGUGUGCACUGCAGUGCCACAGCAGAGGGGUGUGUAACAACAGGAAGAACUGCCACUGCGAGGCCCACUGGGCGCCCCCGUUCUGUGACAAGUUUGGCUUUGGAGGAAGCACAGACAGCGGCCCCAUCCGGCAAGCAGAUAACCAAGGUUUAACUAUAGGAAUUCUGGUGACCAUCCUGUGCCUUCUUGCUGCUGGAUUUGUGGUUUAUCUCAAAAGGAAGACAUUGAUCCGACUGCUGUUUACAGAUAAAAAAACCACCAUUGAAAAGCUGAGAUGUGUGCGCCCUUCGCGGCCACCCAGUGGCUCCCAGCCUGGUCAGGCUCACCUCACCCACCUCAGCAAAGGCCCGAUAAGGAAGCCGCCACAUUCCAACACCCUUAAGGACAAUCCCAGGAGAUUGCUGCAGUGUCAGAACGUUGACAUCAGCAGACCCCUCAAAGCCCUGGACGUCCCUCAGCCCAAUUCGCCUCAUCGAGUGCUCCCAGCUCUCCACCAGGCUCCUCCUCGUGUGCCCACCGUCCCCGCCAGACCCCUGCCGGCCAACCCUGCACUCAGGCAGGCCCAGGGAACUCGUAAGCCAAACCCUCCUCAGAAGCCUCUGCCUGCAGAUCCUUUGAGCAAGAUGGCCCGGCUCACCAAUGCUGCCACCAGGACCCUGGGACAGCAGGAGUCCGGGCUCCACCUGGCGCCCAUCAGACCCGCUCCUAAACAUCCACACCAGGUGCCCAGACCCGCCCACACCACCUAUAUUAAGUGAGAAGCAAGC